AGUUACGAACUGCUCGAUUCCUCUAAGUGGAGCAGCGUUUCAUCGGAAACCUAAUGACAAUUUAGUGUUAGCACUAUUUCAUUGCUGAUCAUUUUUGCACAAAGAUCUAGAUGAUGUGCUUAUCACAAUCCCAGAUGGCCUCUUUCAACUCUAUAGUUGCUAAAAGCCCCAGCUAUUUCUUAUUCAUUCUCCUUUGACAACUUCUAUGAUGGAAUUAUGCAUUGUCAGUAGAAAUAUCUGCAGCACAUUGAAAAUGCGGGGAUGGCAUAAACUAAAUUGAAUUUAGGAUCAUGGUUUAUAAAAGGGACUACUUCGCUGUGUCUAUUCAUGUAUAUAUUUCCUUCCUGUUUUAAAAAGGGGAAUAUUUAAUAAUGAAUUGCCACAAACUUUGCAGUCAGCUGCAGAACUUAAAUGUAGUUUGCUACAGGUACCUGGGGCCUUUGGGAAGACCAGACCAGACUUCUGUUUUGAGAGGAAAGAACCAGAGGGAGUAGAGAGGCUAAGGAGGGGUUAAGAAUGAGGUCAUGGAAUAGGAGGGGAAGGGGACUCUGGAGCAGGUGACAGGGCUAGGGGAGAAACCUUGCUGUUAGUGAUGAGUCCUCUGAGUAGUAGGAUUACUAAACUCAACUAAUCAGCUGUAGAAGAUAGAAAUAAUGUUCAUCUGAGAAGAUAAUAGUCUACUGCUGCUUUAGAAAUAGUGGAAAUAGCUGUGACUUUAAGUGGUCCAUUUUAGUAUUGCUUUGCUUGCUCAAAACUUGGGGCAAACUUUUCCAUCCCUUCCAUUGGGGCUCAUCUGACUUACUCUUGACUUAUGCAGUCUUAGCUAGGGCCAUUAUCUGCUUCUUCAGAAUAUAGCUCCAGCAGUAGUCUCAAUAUUAGCUCUCCCACAAACCUCAGUUGUAGAGGAAAUGUAUAAAGGUUAAAAAAACCAAAAAGCAAAACAAAAAAACCCAGGAGAUUAAAUCUGGUGCAGUAUGCCCGUUAGAUGAGACAUUAAAGACAAUCCAUUAUAAUGUAAUGAGGUGUAUUGUACCCUUGACAUAACUUGGCCCACAGAGUACUGGAGGUUAGCUCUUUGUUUUAUUAGGUAUUAUGCUGUUUUAGCUGAGGAGUUAGAAACCAGUCUGUGCAGUGAUUCAGGAGUUAAACAUGAUUUACAGUUUCUUAAAAAAAAUGAGCGGGGGUUGAAAUUAGCCAGUGGUAGGAGAGCUGCUGCUUAUACAUUAAUAUUUAAUCCUCUUUUACCUUCACUACAGUUUGUGUAGAGGAAGCGAAAAGUCAGUGGAAUUAGGCAGUGGAAGAUAGCAUAGCUUCUUUUUUCAUAUAUAUUAAUAUUUAAUCCUUUUUACCUUCACUGCAGUUUGCGUAGAGGAAAGCGAAAGGAACUGUAUUUCAAGAAUCUUUCAAAACAAAAACAAAUCAUGGAGAAGAAUGGGAACAACCGAAAACUUCGGGUUUGCGUUGCUACUUGCAACCGAGCUGAUUAUUCAAAAUUAGCUCCUAUUAUGUUUGGCAUUAAGGCGGAACCACAAUUCUUUGAGCUUGAUGUAGUGGUGCUUGGCUCCCAUCUGAUUGAUGACUAUGGUAACACCUACCGUAUGAUUGAACAAGACGACUUUGACAUUCACACGAGGUUGCACACCAUAGUGAGAGGCGAGGAUGAGGCAGCCAUGGUGGAGUCGGUAGGCCUUGCAUUAGUAAAGCUACCAGAUGUCCUCAACCGUCUGAAACCUGACAUAGUGAUCGUUCAUGGGGACAGAUUUGAUGCUCUGGCACUGGCCACAUCUGCAGCUUUGAUGAAUAUUCGGAUUCUUCAUAUUGAAGGCGGGGAAGUCAGUGGGACCAUAGAUGACUCAAUCAGACAUGCCAUAACCAAACUGGCUCAUUUCCAUGUGUGUUGCACAAGGAGUGCAGAACAGCAUUUGAUAUCCAUGUGCGAAGAUCAUGAUCGCAUCCUCUUGGCUGGCUGUCCCUCAUAUGACAAGCUUCUCUCCUCCAAAAAUAAAGACUAUAUGAGUAUUAUACGUAUGUGGAUAGGUGAAGAUGUAAAACCUAGAGAUUACAUAGUCGCUCUGCAGCACCCUGUGACCACAGAUAUUAAACAUUCCAUAAAGAUGUUUGAACUAACGUUGGAUGCACUCAUCUCCUUUAACAAAAGGACACUAGUUCUGUUCCCAAACAUUGAUGCAGGAAGCAAAGAGAUGGUUCGGGUGAUGAGGAAGAAGGGCAUUGAGCAUCAUCCCAAUUUUCGAGCAGUCAAGCAUGUUCCAUUUGAGCAGUUCAUCCAGUUAGUGGCACAUGCUGGCUGUGUGAUUGGUAACAGCAGCUGUGGUGUUCGAGAGGUGGGAGCGUUUGGAACCCCUGUCAUCAAUCUGGGAACACGUCAAAUAGGCAGAGAAACAGGUGAAAAUGUUCUUCAUGUUCGUGAUGCUGACACACAGGACAAAAUACUACAAGCUUUGCAUCUUCAGUUUGGAAAACAGUAUCCUUGCUCAAAAAUAUACGGGGACGGUAAUGCUGUUCCAAGAAUUCUGAAGUUCCUCAAAUCUAUUGACCUCAAAGAGCCACUGCAGAAGAAGUUCUGCUUCCCUCCUGUAAAGGAGAACAUCUCACAAGAUAUUGACCAUAUCCUAGAAACUCAGAGUGCCUUGGCUGUGGAUCUAGGCGGAACAAAUCUCCGGGUAGCAAUAGUCAGUAUGAAGGGUGAAAUAGUGAAGAAAUAUACCCAGCUCAAUCCUAAAACCUAUGAGGACAGAAUAGAAUUGAUUCUCAAGAUGUGUAUGGAGGCUGCAUCAGAAGCUGUAAAUCUGAACUGUAGAAUUUUGGGAGUGGGUAUUUCUACAGGUGGACGGGUGAAUCCCCGAGAAGGAAUUGUGCUUCAUUCCACAAAGCUCAUUCAGGAGUGGAGUUCUGUUGAUCUGAGAACCCCGAUAUCUGAUGUUCUGCACUUGCCAGUCUGGGUGGACAAUGAUGGCAACUGUGCUGCUCUGGCAGAGAGGAAAUUUGGGCAUGGAAAAGGAGUGGAAAAUUUUGUAACGCUAAUCACUGGUACAGGAAUUGGAGGUGGAAUCAUUCAUCAACAUGAAUUGAUCCAUGGAAGUUCCUUUUGUGCUGCUGAACUUGGACACAUUGUGGUGUCUUUAGAAGGACCAGAGUGCCUGUGUGGGAGCCAUGGAUGUAUAGAAGCAUAUGCCUCUGGAAUAGCCUUGCAGAGAGAAGCUAAAAAACUACAUGAUGAGGAUCUGUUGUUAGUGGGCGGAAUGUCAGUGAAGAUGGAAGAGACCAUUAGUGCUGUGCAUCUCAUUCAGGCAGCUAAACUUGGGAAUGCAAAGGCUGAGAGCAUUCUCAGAACAGCUGGCACGGCUCUAGGUCUUGGAGUGGUGAAUAUCCUGCAUACCAUGAACCCCUCUCUGGUGAUCCUUUCUGGAGUUUUAGCAGGCCAUUACAUUAACAUCGUCAAAGACGUGAUCCGUCGGCAGGCUUUGUUCUCUGCUGAGACAGUGGAUGUGGUUGUCUCAAAUCUGGCAGACCCUGCUCUGCUUGGAGCUGCUAGCCUGGUGCUAGAUUACAGUACACGCCGAAUAUACUAGAUACCUGGGGAAAUUACAGAAAUGGACAGUCCAGCUGUAUAACUGUUCUGAGGGGGAAAAAUACUGUGCCCAAAGUACUUCCUGCUGACCAUCAGCUUUAUCUUCUGUAGUAAAGCAGACUAGUGUUUUAGGUAGUUAGUUACUACUUCAGUAUUUCCUUAUUGUAGUAAUACCUCUUUGUAUUUUUUUUCUACGUUUUAGCCAAGUUCAGAUGAAGUAAUGUGCAUUUCCAUUUUUUUGUUCACCUCUGUAGCUUGGGAGCUCAGGUGUUGCUUAAGCAAUGCUAGAAAGACUUAUCCAUAAGCACAUUCCAGUGUUCUCCCGGGAUAUAUUUGGUGAGGUGUGCCAAGUUCUAGACAACCCUUGGGGACCCUGGUCCUAUCUCGUAACUAUGUAAAACUAGAAAAGCUUGCAGACAAGUACUGGUUUGAUCUGACUCAGCUUUGAAUUUCCUCGCCUUCACGCACAAGUGGAUGUGCUGCAAUCCUAACCCAUAGGGUGUCAUCCCGCUGGGUGGAAACAACACAGAGGUUGCCUCUCAGGAGGCAACCGUGGCAGCCAGAGCUCCACUCGGAGAAAGAUUCUUUUUGUUAUUUAUUUGUAUUGUUGGUGACUAGGGGUCCCAGUCAGGGAUCGGGGCCCUGUUUGUGCAAAAGGAAGGACUGUCCCUGUCCACAUAAGCUUACAAGAUGCAACAUGUGGCCAGACGAACUGGGGAGUGUGGGAACAAGGUAGCAGAAUGUCAUCUGUGCCUCCUCAGCAAUUGCUUUUGGCAGUGACCAGCAGUGAGUUAUUUGAAUUUGACCUGUUCCACUAAUUUGGAUGUAGGUUAGGGAGGAUUUCAGUUUCUCCGAGUUGCUGGUCUGCCACAGUACGAGUCUGUCCCAUGUUAGCAUGGCAGGAUUAUUCAUGCCUUCAUUGCCUGUCAGCUGGACUACCGCAGUGCAAUAGCCCUGAGCAUGAAGCCAACAGCACUCAGGAAACUCCAGCUGGUACAGAAUACUGCAGCACAUCUCCUUGGAAACCCAGGCUACCACAAGCACAUCAGACCUGCCCUGCCCUAAACCAGCUUCCCAGUAUGGAAUACUCGGUCAUGUUCAAGGUCAUGGCUCUUACCUUCAGCCCAAGGUAUCUAAAAGACUGCCUAAAGUUCUGGUAUGAAGAUCAUGAUUGACAACUGCGCUCCUCUGGCACAAUGAAACUUUCUACCCUACAUGUCAAGCUUAUCUGAGCAGGAGAGAGAGCCUUCUCGUGAGCCGGCCUGAGACUGGAACAGACUCUCCAAGAAAUGAGACUAUCACAAAGCUCCCCACCUUCCGCUCAGAGGCAUUUCUUGGACCAUGUCUUCUCUAGCAUACACAUGCACCUCCUCCCUUUCCAGUAUAUCUAUGUGUAUGCUAGUAUAAAACGUCCAGAACAAAACAUACUUCUCUGCAUCGAGGGGGAAUGAGAAAACCGCCAUGUGACGGAGAUAUUGCUUAAUGCGCUGCUGGAAAGUGCGCAGAUAUUAUGGAGCUGAGCGCCCAUAUAGAACAGGCUAGCUGACGAGACUGUAGCUCCUCAUUCAGGGUGGAGAGCUUUCAGCUCCCUGUAUGGCUCUGUCCUGUUAUGAGGAUAACAUGCAAUCUCCCCUCCAGCUUGCUCCUGAAUGAGCAAUCCUGCGUCCUCUGUCAUCUUCCGCCACCAAAACUGCCUGCAAAUGGACAGGAUCCCUCCUCCAUUCUAGUCUGCAAGGAUGCUGCUGCAGCUCUCAAUGGAAUGAUGUUGCUCAAAGCCAGCACCAAGAACCAGCCCAUUUCCCAGCCCCAUGGGAAGUUUUUAAUCAUCUCAGAGAAAGGAUUCUCUUGCCUCAGGAAAACUUCCCUUGUGGGGACCUUGCAGUGUGUCUUUCCUUGAUCCCUCCUGAAAUCUUCAGCAGGGAGCCUCCUUGAUAUGUGAGCUUGCAUCUCUUCUCCAGGGCCCCUUCAUCCCAGCCGCAUAGUACCCUGACCAGCUUUCAUCCUGUUUCUCCAGACAUUGAAAAAGCCAGAAACACUCUAGCUAGGACUCAGGAAAUAGUCAAGGAAGUGACAGGGCCCCUUCCCUCCUACUCCACUAGCUCAGAACCUUAAACACACUGGAGAGCCCUGGGGCUCUAAGCGGCGCCUCUGUGUUUAAUCCUGAGAGCUGGAACUCUCGAGCAGCUAGGCCCUAUCUGCUUGGAGCCACUGUGUCCUCCAUGCAGGGCCCUCAGCUAUGGAAUUGGCUUCCCCGAGCUCCCUGAGACUUUGUUGCCCUUUAGGCUGCCUGAAAGGCUGGAGGGGCUAGUUUUCUUUUGUGUCACGCUAACAUGUUAAUGGAGAGUGCUCUUUGGCAGACGGGAGUUAAAUAUUAUUUCAGGUGUCCCUGGAGAACCUGCACCUAGUGCUCAGUAUAAACUGGACAAUAAAUGUAAGCCCACGCCUCUGCAUCCCUAAGAGUGGUCUGAAAAACAUCUCCAGGGUGCUCACUGACACCAUACCAGGGAGAGCACCCCAGCAGAGGACAGACCUCAGAAGAGGCAGUCCAACAUGAUGGCAUCUGUUCUCUGACUGCCAGUAUCUAUCCCAGAAUAACUGCACCAGGGAUGGUCACUGUUCUCUGUGAAGGAAACAAUCAAGAUUCUACUUGCAGGGCCCAGUGUGGCCUCCAAACCUGAUGGGGUUCUUCCCCCCCCCCUUUUUUUUUAAGAGAAAGA